ACAGCGCUGCAUCUAGGGGCUUCUAGGUCUGAUGCGCGACUCGUGCAGUCGCUGCUCAUGCGAAAGGCCGAGCUGAACCCGAAGGAUCGGGAUGGACGAACUCCGCUGUAUGAAGCUGCCCGUGUUAAUGCGGUGGAUUGCCUCAAGCUGCUCGUCGAUGCUGGUGCCGACGUCAACGCCGCAGAUUCGUCAGGGGUAACGGCUCUGAUCGCAGCAGCCACGCCAAAUCACGAGCGCUGUGUCGACAUCCUCUUAACAGCACCAACUAAGAAAUCUACGCGGCGAGUGGAAGAAGAUGUGGACGGCUGGACACCACUUCACUGGGCAUGCCGUCAGAGAUCAACCAAUACUGUCAAACUUCUUCUUCUCGAUUUGAAAGCGAAUAAAGACGCUUUAACACAUCGCGGAUGGAGACCAAUCGAUGUUGCCAACUAUCAUGGC